CUCUUGAAUUGAUCACUUAUGCAGUUACAUGUAAACAUAUAUGCAAAACCCUUUACAAAGUGGCAAUGUUAGUUAGUGUUAGUGUGUUUAGGCCUAUGGUACUGACCAAAAACUAUUGGGACUUCCACACUCCAAGCCACCAGGGGCGGCAGUCUUUGCUGAUCUCUAACCAGGUCACGGCAAAACUACAUCAGUCGCUGCAAGUGCGUCAACAGUGCCCGACGGCUUUGUUCCGUACACGGCAGCAUCACACGCUAGAUCACACCCUCACGGGGAAUAAACCAUUGUAUCAAAAUACCGCACUGUCAUCCUUUAUCAAAUUACUUUUGUAGAUAUGGAGAAAUCGAGUAAUUUAAAAUCGUUUUUGGAAUCGUCGCUAAAUGAAAUAUUCAAAGCAACCGUGAGUGACAUUCUGGAGUCUGUUGAGCAGACAUUGUCCGAGUAUCAAGGUAAAAUUCAAAGGAUUGAAACUGAAAAUGAAGAUCUUAGGCGCAGGCUGUACGAAAGUGACACCAGAAUAAAGUCGUCAAGCAAAGCCAAGGAGAGCAAUCAUUUUGUCGACUGCUGUAUGGACACAUCAGUAGAACAGUAUCCAGGGGAGCCGGCGUGUGUUGACGUGCCUUGUGGCUCCGCGCCGAAGCUCUCCAGGCAGCCCACCCAAAACAGGAGAAAGCUCAACUCCCGGAGGCCAAGGCGAGAACAGCCCAACCAGUUUGAAGGCUGUGUUCAGAUGAGGAGACAACCCCCACCACCAGAAGGCCCACAGUUUCCUGACGGGGCGAAAGGCCACUCCAGUACGGUUUUCACUUUCACCAUCAAAUCUGACCCUGACCUGGAAGAUGGCUGUGCCAUUGACCUCUCCAAGGCCCAGUCCCCUCUCAACCUGGCAGCUAAUCAGAUCAAGACAGAGGAACCAGAGCUGGAGUAUGGUAGUGGCGAGCGCCACGGCCAGCUCAGCUCAGAUUCCAGAGACAGUGACAAUGACGUAAGGGUCACCAUUGUGUCUGAUAGUCACCUAGGGACCAGCGACAAUGAAGGCAGCUACUUUGGGGAUUCGGAGACGAUGGAGAUUGAAAAGACAUUGAGGGCAGAGUGUGGAGGGGAGGACGCAGAGGGGGCUGGUUCGGAAGCAGAGGCAGAAUUCUCUGCCAGUGGAGAGUUUUUACUAGACGGAAAAGAGACUGGAGUGGUAGAUUCUGACAGAAACCCGUUAGACAGCCAGCCACUGGACGAAAACGUUUUGGGGAAGGACCUGGCGCAGUCCGCUGACACACAGCGCGCAUCGGAAACCAAAACCCCUCCCAGUUUUUACCACUGCCCUGAGUGCAACAAGAUGUUCAGCCGUGUCGGCUCUCUGAAUAUCCACCUGCGUACGCACAGCGGUGAGAAGGCGCACACCUGCGGCCAAUGCGGCAAACGUUUCGGCCGGGCCGACCUGCUCAAGUCGCACAAGCGAACUCACACUGGCGAGCGGCCUUUCAGCUGCAACCUGUGCGGCAAGAGCUACGGGCACCAGGGCCAGCUGCGCAUCCACAAGCGUGUGCACACGGGCGAACGCCCCUACUGCUGCUCGCACUGUGGCAAGCGCUUCAGCGAGCACAACCAGCUCAAGGUGCACUUGCGCACGCACACAGGUGAGCGGCCAUACAGCUGCGGUUUCUGCGGAAAGACGUUCAGCAACGCGGGCAACCUGCGCAUCCACGAGCGCAUCCACACGGGCGAGAAGCCUUACUGCUGCGGCCAGUGCGGAAAGCGCUUCAACGGCAUGGGGGACCUCAAGACGCACUACCGCAUCCACACGGGCGAGAGACCGUACAGCUGCGACCUGUGCAAGAAGACCUUCAGCCAAGCGGGACACCUGACCAUCCACAAGCGCAUGCACACGGGGGAGAAGCCCUACGGUUGCCCUGAGUGCGGGAAGCGCUUCAGUGUGGCCAGCAGCCUCAAGCUGCACCAGCGAACUCACACGGGCGAGAAGCUGUACGGCUGCUCCUUCUGCGGCAAGAGUUUCAGCCGCGCAGGCCACCUGAAGCGGCACGAGCAGGUGCACACCAAGGAGAAGAUGUACACGUGCCAGCAGUGCGGGAAGAACUACAGCGACAUGUCCAGCCUCAAGAAGCACCAGAAGAGCCACUCGCUGGAGAAGAGCCUGGCGAAAGAGAGAAGCCAGACAGCUUCAGAUGAACCUCAGGGUCAGACUCAGAGCCAGAGACAAGAGAGCCUUAGCACACCAGACGUGCCACAUGCUGAAACUGUAAAGGUUGAAUGUGAAUGUGAAUGAGGAGACCUUACAAUGCUGUGUAAAGUUACUGUCUUUGUUUGUUUGUUUGUUUGUUUUUUUUUGUUUAAACUCUCACUUAACAUUUUUUUUUAUGUUAUGUUGUGUAACUGCAUUGGUGACGCGUACUUUAUUGAAGAUAAAGCACCUCUUCCAAAAAUGGGUAAUCACUGUUUUGUGAACCCCAGUCAAUCUGACGUAUAGAUUGUUACUGUAUCGUAUUCCAGUUUUUUUCUGGUUUAUUGUAAAUGUUUCAAAGCCUUUCAGGGGGAAUACAUGGCAUAGAAGCUACUGUUGAGUCUAAAUGUAUGUAUAAGGUAUGAUGUCUUAAUCUUUAAAAAGAGAAUCACUGCUGAUUUGUUUCUUGUUGUUUUUAAGACGAAUUGUAGUUCUGUAACAAAGAUUACUUAAAAAAAGCUAUUCACACAGUGCAUUCGCCGGAUGAUGUAUCGAUUUAGUGCAAUACUUUAAUGACUGUACCAUAAAACUACAGGUUAAUAUGCCCGACUUUUGUUGUUGCUUCAGUGAUAUGGGUAACCGCUGUUAGUUGCUAGUCUAAGAGACUCAGAUACUUGUCUAUCAGUGUGGUAAUGUAAAGGAUAGCACCCACAAUAAGCUAAAUCAAAUAACCUAUACUGUAGAUUGCUUCAAGAGUAUCAGUUAUAUUCUAUUGUAUCAUCAUCACCUAUAGCUUAUAGUCUUUAAGGUUUUUGAAUGGGGACUAAAUGAUGAAGAUGCUUAGGGAGGAAAAAAUAAAGCAUUGUGUAAAUCAUGACAUAAAUAUUAAUUAAAUACUUAUUUAUAACUACCAUGGAAAGAAUCUGUAUCAUUACAUCAACCGUUAUAGCAGGAUGUCCAACUGUGUUGAUGAGAAAAGUUGAAGCGUUGUGCCGUUUAUACCUAACCAAAAUGAGAAAUAAAAUACACACAUUAAA